UUUAAAAUAGAAAAAAAAAUAAAAAAAUGGAUGAAGUUAGAAAAGUUGCAAAGGCGUACUACAAUGGAGCAGAAGCAGCCGAGAAAAAACUAGCUCGGCAAUUUUUCCAAUCACUCGACACAAACGCCGACGGAAAAGUAAGCCGGCGUGAGUACGAGAAGGCGGUGGGGAACUCCUCUUCCUUCACUGACAACGACUUCUUCUUGAAGCUCGACGCUGACGGCAACAAAACCCUCGAUUUCGAAGAAGUCUUGGCUCUUUAUUACCUGGAAAAGGUCUCGAUUCCGAGGUGCAGAGCUUGCGAAUCUCUUCUCUUAGAUUCGUAUUUCUCGUGCUUGCCCUGUCAGGCCGACGUCUCUUACUACCUCUGCUGCGACUGCUAUGGCCGAGGAAACUUCAAACACCAUCACCCCUCCCACAAGUUUAUCGACACAAGGGCCAUGCUUAAGCUGCUCGAUCAAAUCUUGAAGCAGUCACAGAUUACUAACCAUCAAACGGAUGAGUUUGAUCUCAUGCAGAAAACCAAAAAUGUUAAAGCGGGAGAAAAGCAAUCAGACUCUCAGCAAUCAAGUAACAUGGAAACAAUAGUUAAAUCUCUUGAAGCAAUGGAUAAAGCAGCUUCCAUUGGAUGUUCUGUAGUUUCCGCUGGUGCUAUGGUAGCAACCGCUGCUAGUGCAAUGGGUGCUACAGCUACCAUUGGAAAUGCUGCAGUUUCCGCUGGAGCUGCGAUAACAACUGCUGCUGGUGCACUGGGUGCGGGAGCUACCAUUGGAAAUGUAGCAACCACUGCAGCCAUAGCGGUUGCUGCUACUUGCCGUAUCAUGUAGAUUGUAUAACUUUUUCUGUUUUAUAUAUUACCCAAUAUUUUUCUCUUUACGAAUUGAUAAUAAUAUGAUUUGGGAGCUCUUAUUUCCAUGUUUUAUGAUCACGUCUUUAUUUUUGAGUUGUAUUUGAGUUGCCAUGUUAUGCAAUGUUAAUUUCUGGAUUUUGUAAUUUUACUUAUGUACGUUGUAUAUUUUUCAAAAGUUAAUUUGAUUUAUAUAUGAUGUGGUGUGA